AAACAACAUUUUUUAUUUUAUAAUACCCAAUAAACUUAAGCGUCACUUUUUUUAGCAAGUGCAUUUUUUUAACAUCGAAAACAUCCACCACAACAUAAAAGGCCGUAGACGUUCUAUGGCACAUAUCUUGUCCGGACGCAUCAUCAAAGAGACCCAACGUUUGGUUUUGGAAUCUCUUCCAGGAAUCAGUGCUCGUCCCUCUAAUGAAAAUUCUAGACAUUUCCACGUCACAAUAGAUGGCUCACCUGGCACCCCCUAUGAAGGAGGCAAAUUUAAACUAGAACUCUACUUACCAGAGGAGUAUCCCAUGGUUCCACCUAAAGUUCGAUUCUUAACAAAAAUUUACCACCCUAAUAUCGAUAGCCUUGGCCGGAUUUGCCUAGACAUACUCAAAGAAAAAUGGUCGCCUGCAUUGCAAAUUAGAACUGUUCUGUUAUCUAUUCAAGCACUCAUCAAUGAACCUAAUCCGGAUGAUCCAUUGUCUGAUAAAAUAGGCCAACAUUGGAAACGGGAUGCACAAGGGGCUAUUGAAUUAGCUAAGCAGUGGACCUCUAUAUAUGCGAAACCAUGACAUAUGUCUGCAAAGACUAACCUGAACGGAAACAUAAAAACAAAAGCAAUAAACAACAAAGAAGUGCAUUAUUAGAAAAAACAAAAACUUGGUUUUUCAAGGUCACCAUCAACUAACGGUCAAUUAUAAAAAAACAAUCCAAAAAAAGAUGGAUAAAUAUUCUUCGUGCCUAGUGUAACUAGCCAGAAUAGAUUAUUAAACAAUGACUGCGCACAAUUAUAUAGUAUUUUGGUAGUUUAGAUACCCUCGACGUUCAAAAAAUUUUAUAGUAUCGGGCAUAAACGUCAUACAAAAAUCAAUGGGCAAUCGAAAAUACGAAAUAUUGAACCGACAUAUGUUAAGUAAAAUGUGUCAGGUUCUCUCAAAAAAUCACAUCAAAUACUAAGUUAAAGUAUAAGAUUACCUACAAAGUCACAUAUAUUGUAAUGUACUUAGGUAAAGGAACUAAAAUAGAACUGAUAUAUAAAUUUGACAGUAAGAAACUGCCAUUCUGAUUUACUGAAACACAA